AUGUCCCGACCGCCGACACCGCCUGACCUCAAAAACUUUCUCUCUAAGCUUGCAAAGUUUAACCGUGCACAAGCUGUUCUGCCGUCUGCAAUGCGAGGUGUACUUCCUAUGGCCAUAGUGGCGGGCGGCGUUAUUGCAAAGGUGACAAACGGGGACAAUUUCAUUGAGCGCCGGGUAUUAGGCAAGCCAUCCAUCGGGGACGAUUCUAUCGCCUUACCUGAGCCUAGAAAGGAACCACCGGACCAGCAGACUAUCGGAACUAAAGAUGGACACGGGGUGAAGAACGACCCUGCACACAAGAAACUAUAG